UCGCUCUUGUCUGUGUGUGUCCACAGUCAGUCACACCUCUGGCCACCCUCGGCUCUGUCUGCCCCAUUCCAUCUGUGGUGGGAUGCAGAAAAAAGGGGGGUCCUCUCACUCCUCCAGGGGAGACGGGAUCGACAAUCGAGCAAUCACCGGUGGGCGGCAGCGUCAUCUUGUGGUUGAAAUGACGUACUACAUUCAGUGUGCGCGUUGAGCCCAUUCAGCACAAUAACUAAUUCAUUGUUUUUUUUAAACUAUUCAUUUAAAUAAUAUCCCAAAAAUGUUCUAUCAAUCCGAUGUACAGUUUUCUUCAACGUAAUCAUCGGUCUGGUAAUUGCAAAUUAUUUCGUCACGCUUCCCUGGCACUGUGAAACAAUAUCGAAACAUCCAUAUGAGCGGCCACGUCCCAAAGGUCACACUUCCGGAGGAGUCUCAGAGCAAUUCCAUUUCCAGUCGUAUUCUAAUUAUAGAUGCGGCGCUGUACGGAAAUAAUGGGCAAUAUCAGUCGGGAACAAACUCAUUCCGGAGAGGCCAAUAGAAAAUUGGUCGCAUUCGAUUUUGACUGGUUUCAUUCUUAUUUGAACCAUCAUUUCUAUCACCCCUCGGCGGAUAUGUUGUUAUGGGAAAAAUAGGUAUCAAGUAGGAAGUCGUACUUGCAGAGUCAUUUCCGUGGCAGUUUGGAGAUGACAUUGGUCGUCAGCUGCUAAAUUUCUGAAUGAAAAUGAAGAAGUUGUGGCCAGUCUUCUGAGCUCGGGCAGACCGUAAGCGAAUGGUGUGAGUAGGAAGUGGGAGGCGGCAUUGUGUAGACUGGACAUUUGUUGUUCUGCAUCCGAUUCUCUCAAGCGUAUCUUUUAUCCUGAGGGAUCAAUAAUCGGUUUUGUUUAAUACAAUAAUAGACUGCUUCUUUUCAUUUCUCCUUUUUUCUUAUCCGUGGCUGCUGUGAACGCAACUGGAGACGAUGGAAAAAAACUCGUGCACGCAGGAUCGCCUGCAGCAUGUCCUUGAACGCUGCCUCUGUGACCUUGAAUUAAACACUCCUGACAAGCAACUUUGGAAUGCCGGUCUGUGCAUGAACCGCUGGUGUUUGGAGGAACUGGUCAUGAGAGAUCCCCACAACUUCCCGUUCCUUCUGCAGACAAUUCUCAAGAAAACAAAGGAGGUGCUUGUGCAAUGUCGAUACGAAUUGGUGGUGCCGCUUACUCUCCUGUUUUCCUCGACACUUUUAAAAACACCUUACCUACACCCGGAUUGUAAUGUGCUGUUGGAAGCUUACCUGCUUUUCCACCAUUUCCUGUCCUGGCCGGAUCCUUACUGCACCGCCUGCCAACGCCUGCUGAAUAUCAUCUACAGUGAGCUCAGAGCACCAGGCAUAUCGUUUCAAAGACUGGUAAAGACGGAGCACGGCAUUGCCACCAGGAACCAACACUCUAAAACCACGAUCGUGCUCUUAGUGAGUCCAGAUGAAGAUGUCCCGCCCGAGGUCCAAUCGGUCUCCAAGCAGCUGAGCGUAAGCCAUCACUCCAAGCGAGACAUCACUAUCACCCUCAUUUUGCACAGCUUCCAAGCUGCUCUGGGCACCAAAAUCCACCUGCUUGGACUCCGUGAUGCCUUGCAGAGAAAACAGCCGGUUGAGCUGGAGCAGCUACUGGAGAAGGUAACUUGCUGCAUGGAGACAGCAGCCUCCACGGCAGAUCUUAGCGCUGCCCGAGAGAGUCUUGUACAGACGCUUGAUGGGCUCAGACGAGGCCUUCUUCCCACGAGUGCACACGAUUACGUGGAUACUGGGCUCGCUGAGACCUUCCUGCUACCCUUUCCCCAAUGUCACACCAGAUACUGGGAAAAUGACAACUUUGAUUUUCUCGAUACUAUUCUUAUGAAAGAAUGCUACCUGGAUUCCUCUCUGGCAUGUCUCACAAGAGAUGAGGAUGAUGUGAAGGAAGAAGUCAUGCAGAGCAGCAAAGCGGAUCAGGGCUUGGAGAACCGUCCUCUCUACACACCACCUUCCUCUUCGAGGGACUCGUUGUCCUGUCACUCUCCGUCUUCCAGCUCUUCGGUGUCCGCAACAUGUGACUCAUUAUUUGUGGAAAGUGACUUCGCUGAAGUCGGAGGACAUAAGGGCACAGCUGAGGGACAAAAGAUUGAGUCAAAGCGUAGAAAGAAGCCCAAGAAGAAAUCCAAAAGCCUCCUAGGCAUUGAGAACUUCUUGUUUUUCAAGAACCCACGCAGUCUUGGGACACAGCUCAAACAAUCUCAAUCCAACCAAGAUCAACUUCUGGAUUCAUUUACCGUGUCCUGUCCUCUCACCGGUGAAGAGCCUCUUUCACCCCAGAAGCAUCUUUGCAUCCGCAGAAGGCCCAUCCUGAGCUGCAUCGAAACCGACGCAGCGCAGACUCUGGUGCAAGUCCUCGUCUUCGGUCGGGACAGAGAGGCUGGACGACUGGCGAGGGCUUACAGCGACCUGCAGGAGAAAGAGGCAAAAUGUCCCAGACUCACCAAGAUGUGCCGGUUGCAGUUUUACUUUGUUCCCUCAAAAAGGACAUUUACAGGAAAUCCCAGAGAAAGAUACUCAUCAGGACAUCCAACUAAAGCUGCUUCUGUGGCUAAUGGUAUUUGCCGAGAUGACAGCACCACAGAUUUAGCCCAGAUGUUGGGAAUGAUGGAUCCCUGGUAUGAUCGGAGUGUCCACAGUCUGCUCAGUCUCUCUUCAGAUGUACUUUGUCAGCCUGCAUGGAAAGAAGAAAAUGUCUCCGAAAAUAACGGCCGGGAGACGGAGCUUCCCUUGAUGGCUGACUUGAUUCUUUACUACUGUAGGCAUGCAGACCAACCUGUCCUGGUGCAGCUCUACCGAGCUGAGCUGACCCUGGCUGGCGGAGAGAAGAGAAGUGAAGUAUUUAUUCAUUCUGUAGAGCUCGGACACACGGCUGCAACCAGAGCGGUCAAAACCAUGGGUGCUGCCAGCAAGAGGUUUGGGAUCGAGGAAGAGAGCGAGGCUGUCCCCUUAACGCUGAGUGUGGCCUACAAUAAGGUGGCCUGCAGCGGAAGGAGUCAACGGACCCAAGCAGAAAUGUUUUGCACAUCCGUCAAUAUUUACAAAGCCUUCAGCAAAGCUGAGCAUUUAGAGUAUAGAACCGAAAGCUUAUGGCUCUCAGUGACGGAAGUCCCAAAAAAGCACUGGCCCAAGUCUAAAAAGAGCAGCAGCCAGAAUUCCUUGAAAUCGGAGGUGAACGUCAACAGAGUUGAGGUCAGCGGUGGGAAAGCUGGGACCACAUUUGCUGUGUGUCUGGAUCAAGACGAGAGGAAGUUUCUGCAAAGCGUCACUAGGCUUGAAGUGUCUUUGUGCUGUAAACCGGGAAGCAGUUCAGACUGGAAAUACAAACCUUCACCAGGCCAAGUCCAGCCUCUCAACCCAUCUUACUGUUCCAUGCUUUGCCUUCCCUUCAUCUCUUUCUCUGCCUCGCAUGCCUGAAAAUACCUUGACUGGAAUGGACCACCAACAAUGGCGACAAAAAGAAAAUAGAUGAAAACUGAUGAAUUGGGGGGGGGGGGGGGCAACAUUGUUACACAGUUCUGUUUUAGGUUUAUUCUGCAACACAUUAUGGAGUGGAUGCAUGUGGAUUUUGUUGGUAUUGUCAUUUUUGUUAUUAGUCAUUCUCAAUUGUCAAAACUUUCUUCAACAUCGCCUCAAGAUACGUGCUCUUUAUAAUAGUACAGUAUUUUUAAUCGCUGUACUGUAUUUAAAAAGCUGAUGAGCUCAUUGGGGGGUUUUUUUGUGUGUUAUCUAUGAGUAUUUGUUUUUAAGCUGUUUAUGGCAUUAUGUUUUGCACAGUUUGUCUCGCACACACACACAAUAAAAAAUAUUUUUCAAUGAAA